AAGGUAUUGGGAUUUUUUCCAGGUCCAGAACGAUUUGUCAUUCUCCGUCGACAUCUCCAUCUCCAUCUCCCAUCAACAUCAAUUCGGUCGCCUCGGCCUCCAAACGAUCCAAGCACUUUUCUUUAUUUUUGAGUCUUACAGUCGUAUUAUAAGUUUAUAACCAUUUCGAGCCGCCCUACUUAUUCUCCCGCAUUCGCAUCCGUCGAAGAACCCAACUAUUACUGUAAUUUCUAUUCUUGUUUUGUCCAUUUAACUCUUAUUUCUUUUUCUGUUAUCCCUAUCGUUGUGGGAGGUCUUCAGUAACGUUGUAAAAAAACUAGAGUUCUUGACGAGUACGGCUAUAGUAGUUGUGCAUAUUUUUCUGCAAAAAAAAAAAAAUGGCCUCCUUCCUCCGUCAGAAUGUCCGUCUCGUCGGGCUUCAACAGCUCUUUCUUUCCAACUGGUCCGCUCUUUUUAUCAGUACCUUGCUUCACGACCUGACGCCAACGCCGGACGCUCAUCAUGUGGGAGGCUCGAUGCAACACACCAGCUGGACGGUGCAGGCCGUGCGUGUUCUUUCAGUUUCUUCUGAAGGUGGCGCCUCCAGUCGCAGCUCGUCUCCCACCCCCUCCUCGGUCUCCACUCCCCGCAGUGACCCCGGACCUCCUCGCUACCCGGCAAGAGAUGAACAAAAUGUUGCCAGUUGGUUCAACCUGAACAUGCAAAUGUUGCAGCUCCAAGACGACCUGGCGGACCUACAAGCACAACGGCAACGUGCACGUGGUACCGUUGACCCGAAUGCAGCUGAAGCUGCAGCGCUAGUACAGGACCCAGAGGAAACCGCGCGUCAGCAGCAGGCCGCACGAGAACGAGAAGGCGAACUGGCGUGGCGCAUGGAAGGGAUUUCGGAAGAGAUGGACGCCCUGGGGUUCACUCCUGAGACGCGGGAGCGUCUUCAGGCAACCUGGGAUAACGCGUUACGGCGCCGGCGGGCUGCCGCAGCAGCCGCCCGGCGUUUCUUACCAAUCGCCGAUUUCCUGCGGCAGGAAGUGCCCGCCGACAUUUUACCAUAA